GAUUAAGUUGGAACAUAAGUGCCAAAAUGGAGAAGAUGAAAAUAUUGGGGUAAAAAAUGAUUUUGCCCCAAAUUCGUCACUCUGACACUCUGUAAUUAGUAAAUCGUACACACUCGUACGCAUCAUUUUCAAGCAUUCAAUCCAUUGUGAAUCCCGAGGCGGAGUAUCACCGCCACCGGCUAGAUCUCCAUCCCGUACGGCGGCGGCCCGGCCAUCGACAGCACACGGAAUACCUCCACAGCAGCUAUGAGUCUCAACUCCACGUAACCCAUUUCCAGUUUUCCGCUUCUAAUGGCCCCGCAGAUAGUAGAAUUCGAUAGGAUUGCGUUGAUUCCUCUCUCUGUAACCUCACUCUGCUCAUGCCGCUCUCGGGCUAACGUGCGCCGUCUGGAAUUAGGCGCCCAGCUGAGGUCCCGCAAACUGAAGUUCAAAUUGGAAGUGAGUGAUAAAGGGGGAGUGGGACAAUUGAGAGUUCCUGCCGGUGUCCUGUUGAGACACGGGCGGCGGUUGAUCACGGCCGUCGCUAGGGCGGAGCAACCGGAGCGAAUCGACGAUGGCGGCAUAACCGAGGAGGAGGUUAAACGAGGCACUCAGCUACCUGAGGAGGACGGAGUAGAUUCAGAACACCGGAAAAGUGCAAGUCAGUUGAGGAAAAGGGUAAUUUUUGGACUGGUUAUUGGGUUUUCGGUUGGAGGAGUGGUGUUGGCUGGAGGGUGGGUUUUUACGGUGGCCCUUGCUGCAGCUGUAUUUGUUGGUUCAAGGGAGUAUUUUGAGCUCGUAAGAAGUCGAGGAAUUGCAUCUGGAAUGACGCCUCCCCCUCGAUAUGUGUCACGAGCUUGUUCUGCUAUCUGUGCUCUCAUGCCUUUACUCACCCUAUACUACGGUAACAUUGAUGUUCCGGUGACGUCUGCAGCCUUUUUUGUUGCUAUGGCCCUCCUUCUGCAGAGAGGAAAUCCACGUUUUGCUCAGCUUAGCAGUACCAUGUUUGGACUUUUCUACUGUGGCUACCUUCCUUGUUUCUGGGUUAAGCUACGUUGUGGUUUAGCAGUCCCAGCACUGAAUACCAAAUGGGUAGCGUCUUGGCCUCUUCUUCUCGGUGGCCAUACCAUGUGGACGGUGGGUCUUGUGGCCACCUUGAUCUCAUUUAGCAGUAUCAUUGCAGCCGAUACAUUUGCCUUUAUUGGUGGAAAGGUUUUUGGCCGGACACCUCUUACUAUAGUAAGCCCGAAAAAAACAUGGGAAGGAGCUCUUGCUGGGUUAGGUGGAUGUAUAGCUGUUUCUGUCUUGUUGGCCAAAAUACUGAGCUGGCCUACAUCCAUCCACAGUGCUAUAGCGUAUGGGAUUCUGAACUUCUUCGGGUCACUUUUUGGUGACCUCACCGAAUCUAUGAUCAAACGAGAUGCAGGCGUCAAGGAUUCAGGGUCACUCAUUCCUGGGCAUGGUGGGAUACUAGACAGGGUGGACAGCUAUAUAUUUACAGGAGCACUGGCUCACUCUUUCGUGAAAACAUUUUUACCACUCUAUGGAGUUUGAUCAAAUGCAUAGUUGACCGAGUCAAACAAGCUUUUUCACUGCUCAUGUGUUUCACUGGAUCAAAUCUGGCGGGAAGUCUUUAGGCAAAGAAUUUCAAACUUGCAUAUAUUGUGUAAUUGGUAGAGGUAAAGAUAUUGCACAAAGUUAAUUAGCACAGAUUUUAUGUGUUAGAGUACAAUAGCUGAUUGGAACUAUUAUUUAAAGAUUUCUGUUGCUGACAGACGAAUACGAUCAAGUAAAUGGAUGAUAUAGUUACCAAAAUGUUUAUUUUCUUGUUGUUCGACUGUGAUACAUAAAAGGUGUGCUCGGUGAUUAUAUUGCCUUGUAUAUGUGAUAUUUAUCCAAUGGAAUGUAAUAUACAUAUGGAUUAGAUGAAUUCAAUUAGUAUAAUGUGUAAGUUGUGUGCUGUGAAAAAAGUAGUUG